AUGAAAAUCACGAAAAACAUCACUGUAAAUGUAGAAGAUGGAAACACAUACGUAGUUCCUGAACAUUACAAGUUUAUAAAAAAAGUUGGUAGUGGUGCUUAUGGAUGUGUAGUUUCGUUUUACGAUAAAUCUAAGGGCUCUUAUAUUGCAGUAAAAAAAAUAUUUGAUGCAUUUCAGGACCUAAUUGAUGCAAAGAGAAUUCUGCGAGAAAUUAAACUAUUGAGACAACUUCAUCACGAAAACAUUUUGGGCAUUAUUGAUCUUCUCCCUCCUGACUCACCAAAUUUUGAAGAUAUUUAUAUUGUUACACAAUUAAUGGAGACAGAUUUACACCGUGUGAUAUAUAGUAAACAGACACUAACAAAUGAACAUAUACAAUAUUUCAUGUACCAAAUUUUGAGAGGAUUAUCUUACUUACAUAAAGUAAAUAUUAUACAUCGUGAUUUGAAACCAUCGAAUAUCCUUGUAAAUUUAUCAUGUGAUUUAAAGAUUUGUGAUUUUGGUUUAGCGAGGGGAAAUGUUUGUGAUAUCGAUAAAAGUAAAGAUGAAUUGACGGAUUAUGUUGUUACGAGAUGGUAUAGGGCCCCUGAAAUAAUUUUAUGUGUAAAUAGGUACGAUAAAGCUGUGGAUAUAUGGAGUGCAGGGUGUAUUUUUGCUGAGCUAAUUAAAAGAAGUGCAUUAUUUGCUGGUCAUGAUCAUCUAGACCAGCUUAAAGCAAUUAUUUCCUGUUUAGGAACUCCGAGCAAAGACGACUUAGAUUCCUGGCUUCCCUAUAAUGGAAGUACUGAAAACGCAAGAAAGUAUUUGGAUACACUUCCAAAUUAUAAGGGAAGGCAUAUUUCGACUUUGUUCCCUGGAUUUGAUUGUCCCGAAGCCAUCGAGCUUAUUGAAAAAAUGCUAAGUUUUAACCCAAGAAAACGAAUAACUGCAGACGAAGCACUGUCACAUCCAUAUUUCAACGGUAUCAAUGUUAAUUCAGAAUACAACUCUCCGAAAUCAUCAAACAUUGGGGGUGUUAAGUUUUCAUCAAAUUCAGGCACAACUAAUUCAAUAGAUUGGUCCUUUGACAACUUUGAACCAACAAAAAGACUAUUACAGAACAAAGUAUAUGAAGAAAUUGCAGAUUUCCAUCCAGAAAUUUUAAUUAGAGAUUUUCCAUAUAUUCAUCAUUUAGGUAUCAAUGUCCCAAAAAAACAUUUACAAAUGUUAAGAUCAAAGUAUGCUACGCAUACAUUAAGAGGAAAAGACAGAAUAAAUACAUACACGGUUGAUUCUUUGAUGAGCACGUCAUCUUCUACAUCAAUUACCCCGUCCAAUAGUUUUGAUAUUUUAGGUACGAUUGAUAUGGUUAAAAAGUUGUCGAUAGUUCAUAAACAAAACAGAAUGUCAAACUCUCAGCCUGCACAAUUAGGAUCAAAUGUUUCUUUUAAUGAGUAUAAAAGUAGAUGUGAAGAAUUUUUUUUUAGUCCCUCACAAGAAUCAUGCUUUACGACACCAGCCUUGCAAAAAAGAACAUACCCAUUCAUAUCAUGCUCCGGUAAUUCAGAAUCAGGUAGUGAUACGAACCUUAGCUUGAAAAAUAUAGUUGGUGUGGAACAAAAAAAUAACAAAAUGACCACAGAGGAUUUAAAAAGAAUUUCCUACAGAAACACUGAAAACAUUAGAUAA